AUGGCUGGUGGAAAAGAAGUGGGAGGAACUCAACUCAAGAGGGUUGAAUAUUUGGAGGCCGAGUUAGGGCAUUUGAACGACAGAAUGGAGAAUGAAGGUCACCAGAUUCAGCAACAAGCCGACUCCAUAGCUUCAAUGCAGAUGAAGAUGGACCAGAAGUUUGAAGAAGUACUGAGGGCUCUCAGUAGAGGAAGAAGUUUUCGACAAACCUGUGUUUUCCACGAUGAUAUUCCGAAGAAUAACAGUGGAGGCUCAAAACCGGUGGUGAGCGGUAGUUCCUAUUCCAGUGGAAGCAGCGACGGUGGAGGUCGGCCACCAGGUGGCAAAUACGGGGGAGGAACAAAUUAG